AUGGCUUUCUUCGCCCUUCUUUGGAAGGCGCGAACUAUAGAAAAGUACAAACUGAAUUACGAAAAGGAGAAAAUCAACUCCAUAGUAAUGGGAAACACAAGAAUGGAACAAACUCUUUCACAGAGAUGGCGGCACUAUCGCUAUGAUACCCAGAAACGGAUAUCCAGUACUUUUAAAAAGUGGUAUCCCGAAGGCAGCGGAGUGGCAAACUUUUUUUUGUACCUGAAAACUGAUCAAACCUUCCCCAACUUUCUUUUAAAAAGUUUGAUGGGUUUCGUUGGAGGGAUAAUACUGACGUACAUUUGCUUUAUGUUCUUCGUAUUCCAGCUGUCCAUAUCACUGAUUCAUUCAACAAUAAUGAGUUCUAUUAUUGGAGUGCUAUUGACUUUGGGUCUUGCUUUUAGCUACAGAAUAAGGUGUCUGGUAUUUCUUUUGAUACCCCAAUUCUUUUCUAGAGUCGGCAGGUAUACUUUAACAUGUUAUGCGCUGGUGCUUAUACUAACGGGACCUGCUACGAACACGUUAAAAAACUCCGAAGUUCUGUCUGAAUCCAUGGCUUGUUCACAAGAGCAAAUAAAAACCAGUGUUCACCAUCUGAAUGAUCUAUCAAAGAAACCACACAACUCGAUGAAGGAAUCGAUUAAGCUGAUGAUAGAUCGGUUCAAGGUGAUCACUACGCGAGUCCAACAGAUGGUACUGAGACUGAACAGGCUCGUGUUCAGCAUUGUCGGCCUCAUCCAAUACUCUUUUUCCUGGCUUCAAGCGAUCUCAAAUAUCUGCAACGAAAAGCUGGGGUCUCCGUACGAUCGUUGUACUACGCUACUACGAGAAGGAAUGGCUGACCGCACCACGAACUUUGAACCCAACAUCGCUGUGCAUUACAGCAUGCCAUAUUUGGCGGAGUUUGUGUGUGGCGCCAUAAAGCCUUUUAAAGCAUUUUGUUGUGUAACGGAUUUCAUGGAUGAUGCCAUACUGGCGAAUAUUCGAAAAAAGCUGAAGGACUUUACUGCCCAGGUUCGGGCCCUUUUCCACGUGGAAGUUCACAUCCAUCGCUCGUACGCCUUCAAAAGCAACAACACCCGAAGCGCGAGUCAGAUGGCUGCCGGCAUCGUCACUGAAAUCCGAAACAGGACUGGCCCCCUCCUGACCUGGCUGUCCUGGAGCUCGUGCGUGACUAGCUUGUUCUUGCUGCUUAUUAUAUUUAGGGCAAAAUACUACCAACACAUGUACGAAACUAGAUCUCGUUUCGACAACAGGUACAUCACUAAGGAGUUACAAGAAUUAGACCUGAAGAGGCAACGUCAGGGACGAGAGACAGUUCUACCGUUAAAUAGGAGAGAACGUGCUAAAUAUAUCACGACAACGUCAUUUCGUCUGGUGGCGUCUGAGAAGAUGUACCUAACCCGUUCAGCGGUGUUCAUGUUGAUCACUACGUUUAAGCUCCUGAUACACAUAGUGGCUGACUACAGCCUCUACUGGGUACUGAUGACUAUCCGGUACCAUGGCCAGUACCAGUCUAAUUUAAUGCGUUCCUCACCCUUUCUUCCAGCUGGCGUACCAAAUUCGGGUGCCCACGUCACAGGCAGUGGUUUUGUAGCGAGACUAUUUAGGUCCAUUGUCGACACGUUCACUAUACCAUUGGCAAAACCAUCGCCCUCUCUGAUACCGUGCUUACCUGAUCCGUAUCCACCAGACUUUAGAAGAUAUACUCAAAUUGGUGUCCUCAUCUUUUUGCUAUGGUUCUUUGCUCUUUUUGAGCCGUAUGGUCUGAGGUUGCGUCACCUCAUAAUGGGCCAGUACAGGCCUGAACGAGCCAAGGCUAGAGCUACCUGGUUGUAUAACCACAUACUAAGGACUAGAGCUGGAUUCAUGAAGUUUGCGCGAAGAAAAUUGCAUAGAAAAUACAAAUACACGACUGAGUCUUCACUUACGUUUCGUCAUUGGCUGAAUGAUCAUAUACCUUUUCAGUGCUUGAAAUAUUUAUUGGGAGUUGGACCCAAGGAACCUUUUUGCUUAUUGUGUGGCACAACAAGUUCCCCUAAUGACAGCGAUACGCAGUUGACCAUGUGCGAAACGCCUAACUGCCCUGGAGUAUAUUGCACAAAUUGCUUCUCUGAUAUCGGUCAGUUGUGUACUAUUUGUUUGUCGCCCAACGAUUAUGGUGAUUUGAGUGAUUUAAGUUUGGAAAGAGGCUCCUCCGAUGACGACGACGACGACAGUGGAUCUGAGUUUGAUGGAAAUGUGAACAUAAGCGAAUGUAUAAGACUGUUAGAAAAUGAAAAUCACGAGAGGUUACUGAAUGCUCAAGGAAGUGUGGGACGGUGGAAUUUUUUCCUCGAUAGUCAGAAAACUAGUACUCAGAAGAACAUAGCUCCGAAAGAACCUACUGAUACUGAAAAUCGAAAUAUUUAUACAUACUCCCUAAAAAAUGGGCAUUUAACUGAACUUAGUCGUAUAAAUCAACAGGAAUUGCAAAAUAAUUAUCUUGUAUCAGAAGAUGAUAUUAAAAUAUAUAACUUUUCACUAGAUUUCAACAAUAAUAUUAUUCUUGAACCUCCUAAAGAAAAAAUAGAAACACUUACCGAAGUAAAAUCUAUAGGAACAAAUACUGAUAAACGGUAUUCUUUAAUGGCAAAAAUUAAUUUAAAUAAUAUUUUUAAAACAAUAACUAUAUACAAGAAACAAUCAAUGAAAAAAGUCAAAGACCUUAGACCCACUAUGAAUAAUAAAACUUUUCAUAACAUCGAUAAUUUAAAUCUAGUACAUAAUGAUAGUAAAAGAACCAAGAACCAUAUCGUUGGCUGUAAAAUAAAUACCAAACACAAAUCAUUCACAACUUUUAAAGCAGAUUCAGAAUGUGUGAUGAAAAGAAAGGAUAGUAAAAUUAGUACUUGGAAUGUAGUCAGAGGCAUAAUAAAUAUUGUUCGAAUUUUAAACGAAAGUAACAGCCAUCUUAAUUCUACAAAUUGUAACAAAAACGAAGACUCGAAUAAAGAUAAAGGUGAACAUAAUUUUCAAGAUAUGAAACCAAUAAUGAGCAGCACUCCUAAAAACAAUGAUCUUAAAAAGAACGUCAAGGAUAACAAGAGGAAAACAAAAGGUAUAGAAAAGAAUUCAGAAGAUAUCGAAAAGAAAAAGAUGAGUAACAGUAAGAAAAACAGUGAAAAUAACAAACCAAAGAAAUCUUGUAAAGAUAUCUCAAAAAAAACUUCAAAACAUAGGAUAGCGAUUUUUCAUGCAUUUUUUUCCAACCACUGGCGGACUGUGAAGUCAAACAUUGGUUUUCUUACAAAUAGGCACGUAGAAAAUGUAAAACUAAAAGAGAAAAAGAAUCAUAAACGUAGAAAAAAGUGGAAGGAUUCAAAUAAUUAUCCUGAAAAAAUUGAAAAAGAGAAGAAAGAUACAGCCAAGAAAGAUAGCAAACGUACUAGAAAUUACAGAAUAUCAGCUUUCCUUGCAGACCAUGAAUGGAUGAAAAGGGAUUAUAAAAGACCGAACAAGGUUAAUAUUGGAAGCGAUGAUUCUUGCCGUGUGAUGAAAGCACCCAGUUGUAGAGUGAUACCUCCGAUUCGUAACAAAACUAAAUUAGUUGCCAUGGUGCAAGUAAACAACAGACCCUUCCAAUGGCGAGACGAGAAAGUCACAGAGAGUGUUACAGAACUAACUGAGUUUAACAAAAACAACGGUAUCACAAAAUCAAAAUCUCAAGCCUGUUUAAAGAGAAAGAGUUCCGUUAAGGCUUUAGAGAGGUUUAAGCGUCGAGUGAACGCCCCCGAACUUUCACCAGCUCCUAGUAUACUAAAGGAAAUGAUGAACUCCAUGAGUUUGAUGCGAAAGAGUUCCCUCAAUGUUGAUACCAGUUCCAUUUGUAUAAAGAAACGAAAAAGUUUUUAUAACACAUUCAAAAGAGAAGCUACCAAGCUGAAAGAUUGUGGGACUUUAGACACAGUAGAAUUAUUUAAAAACAAAGGUUACUCGGAUUUAUUAAUACCGCUUGAGUUUAAACCAAAACUAUCAGAUACAAAUGCAAACUCAAAAAUAGAAAAGAAAAUAUCAUUAUCAACUCCGUCAGUCCUCCAAAAGAUCGGUUCAAAGAAUACAGACCUUGGCGAGAAGACCACUCUCAUGCCUUGCAGGUUCGACAGCUUUAAGGACAUACUCAAAAAAUGGAAUCUCAUCAAAAAACCACGUGAAAAAUCGGCAUCUGAUAAGAUGUACGACGUGACACAGAAGUUCAAAACCCUGUGCACAUCAUUGCUUGGAUCUUCCUGCGAUGAGCUGACAUGUGAAAAAAGGAAACAGAGAGUGGCAGUUCACAAAAGACCGGGAAAAUGCCAAUCCAUCAUUUCAAAUAACAGUGAAAUUGUUCAAAAUAAUUCCAUAGUCAGAAGAUGCAAUUGCGAGCCCUAUGAGGACAUUCAGAGGAAAUGGACCCACAUUAAUAAUUCGCCUGAAGCUUGCCAAACUGAUCGGAAGCUUUCUUUCAAACAGCGUACAAAAAAUUUUUGUUCCUCAAGAUUCGCCUCUAGUUGUAAUGAGAAGACGUGUUAUAAUCACAAAGAGAGAGAACGAAUACUUAACGAAAAUAGACUCUGCAAGAAAGAAGAAAUAAAGAUCAAAACGACAGACGAAAAAAAGUGUGACUCUAAAGUAAAGGACAGAGCACGAAAGAACAAGGAUUGCGUUAAAAAAUGUGUUUUAGAAGAUAUCAAAGAUUUAAGUUGUAAGGAUGUGUUAAUAUGUCAAAAGAGAGAAGAAGCAAAACUCAAAGAAAUUCAAAGACACAUUGAAAGGGAAAAAGAAAUCGAAAGAGAAAUAGCUUUGGAACAAAAAAGGCACAGAGAGAGAGAAAAGGAAAUAGAAAAAGAACUUGGCUAUGAACUUGCAAAGCAUAGAGAAACUGAAAAAAAGUUAAUGUGUGACGAAGACAGUCAAACUCACCAGGGAGUUGAAACCGGCGUUGCCUGUGAAAGCACCACGAUGAACACGAAAGGAGAACGCUGUGAAGCCACCACACAGCCUUCCGUGAUCCAGCAGAAAUCGGCGGCUGUCGGAUCUGUCUGCGAAUGUAAAGACAAGAAAGUUGGCGAGAAAAAUAGCUGCUCUACUCCUCCAAAGCAAGAGAAACGUAAACGAGACAAGAAAAAAAAGAUAACUUGCGCGUGUCCAGCACCACCACCGUGCGAAAUACCACGAGUCUGCUGCAGGCCCCUAACAUCCGCGGGAGUCGGUUCCUGUAAUUGCUUAUGUGACGAUAAAAACGUAGGUGGCAGUGCAAUGCUGCCGUGUUCGUGCGCCACUCAGUGCAAAACCAGUGGUAUCAAAUUAAGCAAUGUAUACCCGAAAUGUCAAGAUUUACCUUCUCCAAAAGAGAUCACUCCAUACAGAAGCUCGACCUCGCCAUCCUGUCCAAAAUCUCCACCCUGCCCAAAACCUCCACCCUGCCCAAAUUCUCCACCCUUCACAAAUUCUCCACCCAACCCAGAACCUUCACCCUCCCCUAAACCUUCGCCCUGCCCAAUACCUCCGCCCUGCCCAAAACCUCCACCAUGUGAAACAUCUCCGCUUUGCCCAAAUACUUCGGAUCAGAGCGUGACUUCGGUUGUGGAUUGUUGCUGUACACGCGCUUAUAAACAAGCAAAUAAGGCAUCACCAGGCAAGAAAAAAAAAGUUGUUAAAUGUGAGUGUUCAACCCAGUACAGCAACCAGGAUGUACAAAAUCGAACCUGUUUUCCAAUGUUCCCGAAGUUUGUUUCACAUCAAGUGUCACCGAUGCAUUUCUCACAAACAGCACCAAGUCACACUCGACUGUCACCAAAACGGACGAUGAUAUCAGAGUCUACAUCGCCACAGAUGGUACAAGCUGAUGAAGCGGCUCGCUCCAGACCUACAAGAGUUCAGAAGAAUUCAGGCAGAGUAAGUGGAGAGGUUAAAACAAGAAUUAUAUACACCCCCCAAUAUAAGAACAAUAUCAGACCGGAAGAGCAUCGAGUGCGGAACCCAUCUGCACGUUGUCUGCCUCGACGAAGUUCACCUCAUAGCCAACCUAAGCAGUUCUCAGCUCCUCAACAACAACAACAACAACGGCGCUCACGAGUACCAGAAAUAGCAUCACAGCAUUCAUCAAUAUCACAUCUGUCACCGUUAUUGUUGUUGACAACUCCAUCUCUAGAAGUUCUGACACCGCGUGAAAAGAAAAUCGAACAACCGCCAAUGACCAUAAAAACGCGUGUCACAAGAAAGCGUUCACCACUUACAAUUAGGAUACCCGUCCAAAUCAGUGAUGCCCUAAACCUUGCCCCACGGAUAAGAGACACCCCAAUGGACUCCGGGGGUUAUUGUGUAAAUAAAAGCGUUUUUAAGAACAAAUCAAUUACCGCCAACUUUUCUGAGGAGAUUUUGCCACCGAAAUCGCAGUUCCAACAGAUAGCGGUACAAGCGAAGCUUGAGCCAGAAUUCAUCCGUAAAAGGUCUCCUUCUCCUACCAUACCCCUACUACCACUAAAUAAGGAAGUUUCAUCAGAGGAUUAUGCAGUGAUGUUGCCAUCCAGUGGCGUUCGAGUAUCGGCACGGAGCAAGCAUCCUCCGGACAACAUUAUCAAAUUUUCAUUUAAGAAAAAUCGUUCGGGAGCCGAUACAAAACCACAAUAUGCAAAUAAGAUUUACCACGAUACCAGUCAGUGCCAUAACGAAAAAAGAGAAAAAACCAAAGCUGACAAGACGGCUCCACAUAAAGGGACUCGUUACAACUACUGUUGGAAAAGAUUUGGAAGAAAGAGCUCUGCUUCGACCAAAAGUAAAGAAAAUACAAAACUUCGAAGAUUAUCACUUGAGAGCAGCCUAUGUGAUUUGGAUGACCAAAGUAUCCUCAACGAACUUAUGGAAGAUUCAGACUCUAACAUAGCAAGCGCCUCGUGCUUGUUUAGCGAUGAGGGUUUCAAAACUGACACGACCUACUGCAGUAUGGCAACAGUACACUUCAGCGAUAGACGAUGUCAUCACCACAAGGUCAAAUUUGUCACCAACAACGACCAGGCCACUUCAACUGAAAAAACAGUAUUAAGAGACACAGGUACCAUUACCUGUGACUGGUGGAGUCCCCUAGUGGAAAGAAAAGGCCAUAAUCUGUUUGAGAAGAAGACAGGUUACAAUGAAAUAGAGGAUGUAAGGAGAGGAAUCAUUGACGGUAAAAGGAGGAAGCCAAACACGGCUGAUGGACGUUUCGUCAAGUUUCAGAGCGGUACACAAAUUAUACCGCCAUGGCGAUUUGACUUCUCAAAUCUGAACAUCAUGACGCCGUCCCGGUACCUUCUUGAGUCUCAGAGGUACUACAACGAGCUUUUUGCAUAUGCUACGAAUAUGCCAAGGGCUGACGUUCAUCGUUAUCAACACCAAACUCAGAAAGUUCAUGAUCGGGAGAAAGUUCGUUCCCCCAUUGGAAGUAGAAGAGCUUAUCAACGCAAAACGAAGAGACUAGACGAAUGCUACUCACCGAGAAAGUCGCUGUACAGUCCCAGGAGACGAUUAACAGAUUCUGUCAGAACAUCUGAAUCUCCACGGAUAAGAUCAAGCGUUUAUCGUAAGAGUAUUAAAAGGUACUACGCAAAGUUGAAUGCUGCUAAGAAGCCAUAUUAUUGA